UGCGUGAAACGGAGCAGCGGGGCAUGGCGGCGCGCCCGAACGAUCGCCGGCGGAAGCUCACGGCGCUCAAGGUCGACCGCUACGACGGACAGUCCAUAUUUAUCGGCAACGAACUGCGCUACGAGCUCGGCGGCUACCUUGGUGGCGGCACGGCCGGCGUCGUCUACGAGGCCCUCUGCUUACAGAGCGCCAAGCAUGUGGCCAUCAAGAUCCUCAACCCGAUCGGCUACAAGCUCAUGCCGACGUCGUUGCUCUCUCGCUGCGUUGUCGCGAUCAAAGGGCGUCAAAUGGAACCCGAGGUCGCAACGGGCCAGCAACCCAUGCGCAACGAGCAUGUGUGGUGGCUCGUGCACCAGUCGUCCAAGCAAGCUAUCGCGGCCUACGAAGACCCGCGGUCCGGCGCGUUCCGCGAGCUCACGCUUCCACGUUGCAUCGAGGUGUGGGGAAUCGACUUUGCGUUUCCUGCCAACGACAAGGAGCCCGACGUGUUUGCCAACGACGUUGAGAGCUACUGCGAAGUGAACGUGAAAGGCCAGGUGUACCAGAUCCCGAGAAUGCCAAAGAAGUUUGUCAAGUUUGCCCGCAGUCGCAGCUCCAUCUACCGGGAGAUCUCCAACAUGUCGAGUCUUGGGACACACGUCAACGUGCUCCGACUGGACGAAGCACUCGAGUUACACCAAGACAGCAAGUGCACGAUCUUCCUCGUACUCGAGCUCGCGGCCGGCGGCGAGCUCUUUGAUCGUAUCAAGCUCGACUGCGGCACGGACGAGCCCACGGCGCGGCUCUACUUCAAGCAGCUCAUCUCGGGCAUCGCUUUCUGCCACGGGUCGGGCGUGUGCCAUCGCGACCUCAAGCCCGAGAAUCUCCUUCUUGCCGACAAUGAAGAGAAUUCGACGCUCAAGAUCGCCGACUUUGGUCUCUCGGCGAUUUUCUCGAUUGCGGACGACAUUGGGAAUGGCAACACGGGCCAGUCAAUUCGCCGGUUGCGGUCCGUGGUCGGGUCGCCGCACUACGUCGCACCCGAAGUGCUCCAGGACACAGGCCAAGGCUAUGAUGGCGCCAAGGCCGACGCGUGGUCAAGCGGUAUCAUCCUCUACGCGAUGCUUGCAGGCAGCUUGCCCUUUGGGAAGGACCUCCUCAAGUGCAUCCGGUACGAAAAGUUCAAGAAAUGGUCGUUUGUGACCAAGUACAACGACGACGCCGAGGACCCGGCGAACGAGGUCGAGUUCCCCGAGUGGUUCUUCCCGUCGCACUUUUCGCAGGACGCGAAGUCGCUCAUCGCACAGCUCAUCUAUCCCGACCCGUGCCUCCGCCUCUCGGUCGACGAGGCCAUGGGCCAUCGCUGGGUCAUUCUGGAGCAACAAAAGAGCCCUGUCUUGGUGGCGCCUGAGCCACCGAGCGCCGAUCUCAGUCCCGCACUCGCCACGCUCAAAGUGAGCCCGCUCAACCCGACGCUGUCGUCGACCGUGCCGCGCAAGGAUGCGACGUGGGCGGGCUCCCACAUUGUCCGAUCGCACAACAACGUCGCGGGUGGCAGCGGUGUGAAGGCCACGACGCUACUCUCAGUGAACUCGCAACUGCCGUCGAUGGCCGCGCCGUCGCCGAAUAAGCCGAACCUCUCGAUCCAGCCGCGGGCACUCGUGCAUCCUGGCUACAUGCCACCUUUGGACGAAGGCACGCCCGCCAACUCGCCGCGCCCUGUUGUCGUGUCGAGCAGCUGGUGUCGCCGUUGCGGUCGCGGCAACUGCACGUGCGACCACACGUGGAACCCCAACCAAACGCUCAAGCAGCAGCAGCAACAACAGCAAGUGCCGAAGGAGUCCAAGGAGGACGACCAGCGCGAUGCAUUGACGCCGGUGACGCCACUCCUCGACGGCCUCGACGGCGACGCGUCUGCGUUCGAGCCGUUGUCGCUAACGACGUGGUAAGGAUGUGCGCAACCAUCCAUGGUGCUCUAAAGUAUAUCAACCAAUAUAGACUUUAUAUCUUCGUAUUGCGCUCGCCAAAGAUGGUUCGCGCGUUAUUUCAAGCAAAG